AUGACGCGUCCAAAAGAAAUUGUGUCCCUGUCAUUCGGCACGCCCGCCAACUAUGUGGCGGCACAUUAUUGGAACGCACAGCAGGCCUACUUUGACUACGGUCCUGAUGCGCCACCCCCGCUCGUAGAGCAUGAUGUGUCGUUCAAGGCGGGACUGGGUGUGGAUGGUUUGGACACGUACUCGCCACGCGCUCUGCUCUUUGAUGUGCGUGAAGAGUUUGGGCACCUCAGCAAGAUACACGAGCUAUAUGAUCCAGGCCCAGACGAGGCGUUCGACGGCGAAGUUAUCCAGACGCAUCAGGGAGAGACAAAUCGCUCUUACUGGACGGACCUAGCACAAACGCUGUUCCACCCCAAGUCGCUCGUGACGGUAUCAGCGUCGUCGCUGUACGGCAGCUCUUUCCUCUCGAAUAUGGGUACAGAUACUCAAAAUCCGACACUCGAAACUUUUGCGCAGGGUCAAGCCAUUGCUCGCGCCAUGGAUGAUGAACAGCGCAUCACUGAAGAUACGCUCCGAUGGUGGACAGAAGAUACUGACCUCAUGCAGGGCUUUCAACUCAGUGCCUCGGCAUACGAUGCCUACGGUGGUAUUGUGUGCACGUACCUAGAUAUGCUCGCUGAUGAAUACCCCAAGACUGAGCGGCAUCUGACGCUGCUGUCACAGCGUAUCGACCAUGCGAACACGCGUUACACGGCUAUGAAUCAGGUGCUGUCUCUCGUGCGUGCAUUGGAGUAUGCUCAUCUCGUGACGCCAGUUGCGAUGGAAGAACCAACACCAUGGCCGCAUGUACGCUCCGAUGCGAAUGACUUGCAUAGGAGUGCUGUUCUAUCGACGCUCUUAGAGACGGCCACUCUUCCACAACGUCUUAUGCACCGCACCGACUCUAUGCACACACUUCGUAUGCGUUUGCAGUGGCAUGGUGAUACUCGAUUUGCUCAACUGGGUGGCUGCAUGCCGACACCACUUUUAGCUGAGGAGCGCCCAGAUCCUAUGGACGCACUACUCCAAGCCAUGCUGGCUCAGCGGGGCAUAGCUCAUUCGCCUCCUGAUCGCGUGCCAGCCGCGGCUAAGCGACUCCGGGACGCUUGGUGGGAUGCAUCGAUGCCUUGGGCGAAUGCUAGCGAUCCUGGCGCCACGCCUUACGCCGAAGCGGUGGUGGCCCGUGAUGCGGAUAGUAAAGCGGAACAGCCUACGAUGGAUGCCUUGGCUCAUGAAUACCCUCUAAGCGAGCCUUUUGUUUCGCGCACGUUCGUGCCUAUGGCAUACCCUAUCGAGCCGACAUAUCCUUCCAUUUUGCAUGGCGUCACCAGCGAUGGACGCCCAUGGGCAGGCGACGAGAAAGUCAACGUUACGUCGAUGCCGUGCAUUUCAUCUCUGCGUACGUCACCGGAAAUGAGAUGCAUCAUUAAAGAGGCACGGUCGUUCACGCUUGACGUUCUACAGGGACACGCGCCGCUGAGCAUGUAUGGUAUGGAAAAAGAUGAUCGUGAUGUAUUGGUGGAUGUGCGUGAGACGCUCGAGACGCUGUAUGAUGUGUACGGAGGCGUCGAUGACGAUCAAGGCCCAGGCACAGAUGAAGAAUGGGAAGUGGAUGCAUGGUAG